GUUAGGUGGUUUGAUUACGUUACAUUAUUGUAACUAUAACUACUCCGUACUACUAACUAUUAAAUCCCGGAUCUGCCAUCAGAAACCCUGGAUCCAAUCCCGAAAACCCCCAGUCUUUCUCUUCGUGGAAGGAAAAUAGGCACACAAGAAAAAACACAUUUAUCAAAUAUUAUUAUCAUCAACCUCCCAUUCUUCACAGCUAGCUAGCUGGCCACAUUUACAUACAGCAACCACUAUUCCCUUAAAGAUUCCAUUGUACCGAGCCGAAAUCAACAGCAAUCAAAAUACAUUCUAACAAAUCAUGUCACAUUCUUCCACCUCGGACCCUGCCCAGCAGCAGCCCCAGCAGCAGCAGGAGCAGCAACAACAACAGUCAGAAACAGGCCCCUGUCUCCCCUCAGCGGGCGCGGUGUUCUCGCUGUUCUCGCUGGCCGGGAAGACCGCCAUGGUGACCGGUGGUACCCGCGGCCUGGGACGCGCGAUGGCGCUUGCGUUGGCGGAGGCGGGGGCGGAUAUUAUUCUUGUGCAGCGAGACGAAAAAGACACCAGCACUCGCGAUGAGAUCAUUAGUCGGACAAGAAGAAAGGCGUCAAUACAUGUUGCAGACCUUGCCGACCAGGAUUCCGUCAAGGGAAUAAUGCCCGCCAUCGUGGAGGAGAGGAGAAAUGUGGAUAUUCUGUUGAACUGUGCAGGGGUCCAGAGAAGGCAUCCGAGUGAGAGCUUCCCGGAUGACGAUUGGAAUGAGGUUCUCCAAGUCAACUUAACGUCUGUGUUUACCCUCUGUCGAGAAUUCGGCGCAUAUCUCUUGUCUCGUGAUGCUUCUAGCUUCCAGUCUGCCCGGCGAGGAACGAUUAUCAACGUGGCAUCCCUCCUCUCGUUCCAAGGAGGCAUCACGGUUCCGGCAUAUGCAUCGUCAAAAGGCGGGGUAGCACAGCUAACCAAGGCGCUGUCGAACGAAUGGAUGUCCAAGGGGAUUUCAGUCAACGCCAUUGCACCUGGAUAUAUCGAUACGGAGAUGAACACCGCGCUGAUGAAUAAUCCAGAGAGGAGCAGCGCCAUCCUUUCCCGGAUUCCCGCCGGCAGGUGGGGGACCCCAGAGGACUUCAAGGGGGUGGUGGUUUUUUUGGCCAGUGAAGCCAGUAGUUAUGUAUCUGGGGAAAUCAUCUGCGCCGAUGGCGGCUGGAUGGGACGCUAGAGAGAGUUCAUCGUGUCUCCCGCUGAACAGCCAGAGGUAGGGAGGUGGCUGCAGGAAAGGAAAAAUUUGCUUUUGCCAGCCCACGAAGAGUUUUCGACUGGCGGUUUCAAGUCCAUGGGAUCAGAAGAAGUAGCCGCAUUAGUUAAGGCGGGGCUUUUUUAGGAUGGCGAAAGAGCUCGGGGCCAAUUUUUUAAGUCGGGUGGGAUUCUUUCUCCCUCGUAUUAUUAUUGCAUCAGAAAAAAAAAAAAAUAAAUAAAUAAAAAUGAAAAAACUCUAUAAUUCAUGAAUAAUACUCUUUGAUGAAGUGAAGAAUAAUAUAUGUGAGAAACAGUUUUUUAUUUUGAAAUUUAACUAAAUGUAAGAAUAA